UCCUGGCAGCACUGAUAUGUCCUGCGGGUCAAUUCCAACAACCAGGAUCACAAGCGCAAUUAAACAUGCCUAUGCAUCCACCGCCAAUGCUGGUACCGCAAAUGAAUGCGAUGGCGGGAAUGCAGCCAGGGAGUGGUAUGCGUAGCAAUUUGCAAGCCGUUCCAGGUGGCAUGCCAUGGAAUUUGAAGCAGAUGCCACAUCAGAAUGCCGCAUCUCACCAGCUGUCAGGUCCAGUACCGCAGCAAAUGCCACAGUCGCUGCAGCUUCAGCAAGCCCCACAGCAACCAACACAAUCCCAAUCCCAAUCGCAACAGCAUCAGCAGCAGAUCUCACAAUCUGGUCAACAACUACUGCCACAACAGCAACAGCAGCAGCAGCAGCAGCAACAGUCUCCAACGAUGAUGUCUCUAGCGAAACCGCAAGGAAGACCCAUUCUCAAAGGAUGCAGCAGCAACAGUGGUCAACAACAGGUACCACAGCAACAAGCUCCACCGCCACAAGUACAACAGCAAUUGCCACCACCACAGCAGUUGCCGGCAAUGGUGCACAUCAACUUUGCUGGGAAUGUAGAGUUCCAAUCCUACAAUAACAACCGCAGUGGAAAUCCAAUUCUGGGAGCACAUCAUCCGCCUACACAUCCAUCAUCGCAGCAACAAGCCCCACCCGGCGCACAGCAUCAACAACAACCCGCACAACAUGCAGCAAACAUGAUCAAUCCGCAUAUGCAGCAACUGCUCCACCAACGCCAGCAGCACCAACACCAGCAACGAGCAAUUCGUAAUCAAUUGGUGCAACCACACAUCGGCCCGCAACAGCAGCCAUUAAGAAUGCCAAACAUGGCUCAGCAACAUGUUCACGAGCACAACAAACAGCAGCAACAACAACAACAACAACAAUCACAUCCCCAUUCGAAUAUGCCGCCACAACAGAAUGCAACUGUGAGCUCCGGUGGUCCUAACAUCAUAAAUUUUAACCGCGAGGGUGGUCUGUCGCCGACAAGCAAUCAGCUCGCUCGCUGGUUCUCACCUGAACUCUUGGCACAAGCUUCGGCAGGAAAAUUACCUUCUCUCAAUAUUGGGCAAGUGAUGAGCCUGGAGGAAUUCGAACGCAAUAUUCAGCACUCCUCUACCACUGUACAUAACUGAGUUGUAUCCCCUUUGCGCUCAUAAAGCAAAGGAAUGAAUGAGUGAAAGGACAACAGUUUGUCCCAAAUUUAUUCCUUAAUUUUCUUAGUCUUUAAAACGCAAGAAUGGUAAUUAAAUUCCCUCUACGCAUAGUGCGAUUUGGUGCGAUUUGGUUUGAUCGGUUGUGCUCGAACAUGAACUGGAAGAUGAAAACAGAAAAAAGUUAAAGUAAUGGUUAUGAUAGAUCGUUUAACUAAAAUCAACAAAAAUUGAACAAAAUUUUGGCAAUCUAAGUGAUUAAAUGUUAACUCAUGCCAACAAUAGAUCUGUUUUAAUUUGUGAAUGUUUAAUUUGAUAUUUCAUUUAUUUUGAAUAGUGAGAGUUUUGUCGAAACAUAGGGAGAAAAGUUAACAAAAUUCAACGGCACACGGCACCGUCAUAAUUUAACGGCUUACAAUAAUCACAUUGUCAAAAACAGCCCAAGGGGAAAAAGGGUUUAGGAGGAUAAGAAUCUUGAAGUUGAAAUCAACCGUUGUAGAAAUGAUUCGAGUGAGAUUAGCAGGUGACGCCCAAGACGAAUUGUUUCUGAGGUACGAGCAACCGAAAAAAGUGUUUCCGAGCUGAACAGCCGCUAGAGUUUUGUUCGAUAAAGUAGGCAUAAUUUUUUAGUUAAGCCAAAAUGUACCAUUCGUUCACCACAUAGAAGGUGUUGUAUUCCACAGCGAGAGAGAUUCACAGACACUACUACUUUCGGUAUGCGGCUGUUGGCGGUGAAGAGUUAAUACACUUAUACAAUACCAUAGAAAAGUUUAUGAACAAAACGGAUAAAAUCGAAGUACGAAGAGAAAUGCGGCUGAGGAAGUGUAAACGCAGAAAGAGAUACACUGCUACGUAGGCAGAACUAUUUCGAAUUUGGCCAGCACUAAGCCGUUCCAGCGUAUUUCAUGUCAAAUAUAUUUGAUGGCAAUACAUAGAAUCAACUUAGCGGUUUUUACUUCUGCGGCUGCAUCCGCCGCACCAGCAAUGAAUUAUUUAUAAUUUUUGUUUGAUAUUUGAAUAUUUUUUUGGUAUAUUAAUUUGUUCAAUUUAUCUCUUUACGAACUACGGCAGAACUCUCUCUAAAACAAAUGUGUUGCCUCCCAUCAACCGUCAAAUACGUUGUGUUGGUUCUCGCGUUUCCAUACGUAUUUGAAAUGCUACCAAACUGCUAUUUAAUUGAAGAAUAAACGCGGUUUCACCUUCAACUACUCCAACACAAUGUUAAAUGAGCUGUGUACGUACAUAUUAAAAUCAUCAGUGCGCGAUGCAGCGUUUUUUGCUUAAAUAUUUAAUCCAACACCAUAUUUGAUAUUUUCGUUCGCGAAUGCGUUAAUCGUUUUUCUAAUUCAAGCAUUAUCUUUUAUCUACUUAAAUAAUCUUAACUGUACUGGUGGUAUACACAAUUUGUUAGAAGGCAGAAAACGCAGAUGUGUGAACUUAUGAUAGCGGACGUAAAGCUUCUCUGGCAUGCAAGAGCA